AUGUGCAUCGCUGAAGAUCGCUCAGCCCGUUACUUGUCUGAACCUGCACCGACCCAUACACACUCACCAUUCACCAAUCACAAUAGCGGUUUCUUGAGUGAGUUGGGUUCACAUCCAUACGGCUUGCCUUCGUUCCCGCUGACGGGAACACAUCCGCUCGGUACGGGUGGUGCAGGAGGCGGUGGCGGUGGAAGUAGCGGUGAUCACUGCUCUCCCUGUAUGGCCUCGAUGAACAGUGGAGGUGGGAAUAGUGGUAUCGCCGGCUGUCCCAGUAGUCUUCCUUCUGGUGGUGGUAAUAUUUCGGGAACCGGUGGUACUGGUUUGCAUGAGAAGCGAAAGCAACGUCGCAUUCGGACCACAUUCACAAGUGCACAACUUUCCGAACUGGAACGGGCCUUCCAAGAGACACACUAUCCGGAUAUCUACACGCGAGAAGACAUUGCCAUGCGUAUCGAUUUGACUGAGGCUCGAGUUCAGGUUUGGUUUCAAAAUCGACGGGCCAAAUUUCGUAAACUCGAACGUUCCGGGCAACCAGGUACACGAUCCCAAACCACCAAUUCUCCACCGCCGGAUUUCGACGAUCAAAAGCCGUGCGAUUCCGGCAUGGAAUGUAAACGUGUCCAGUCGAGUCCGAGCUCUGGAGAUUUGUACGGACUUAAAGACCCCGUAAUGACCAUGAUGAUCAAUGGACCACCGGACUCAUUGUCGCGAAGCACUACAAACUUGGAUACAAUGACCGGACACAGUGUGAAUGCUGCAUAUCAGACUUUACUGAUAUCCGGCUCAUCCAUGUGUCCUAGUACAAUGGGAGACGGCAAACAGUUUGUACACACCGCUAUGCUUCCACAUCGUGAUCCGACGUUAUCACAUCACCAAAUAUUCCCCAAUUUACACACACCAGAUCAUUCCAUGUUUGGGUCACAUCACCCUGUCUGUUUGGAUCCGUUCGUUCCGGCAUCGAUUGGUGGACUCGAUGACCUAGGUCCGGAUCCCAUACCGAAUGACCAGAUGCGUUCUAGAGAGCACGGCACAAUCGGUGUGCAUCCACUGCAUAAACUUUCUCAGACGUGCAUGCAGGUGGAUCGAUUACUGGCUAAAACGUCCGGUCUGAAUUCGAUCAGGUUGGGUAAACGGAGUGUAUGCGGUACGGGUGGGGGUGGUGGCGGCGGUGGCGGUAUCAGCUCACACAUGAAAAAAGACCGAAUGGUGGAAUGA